AUGACCAGUCCACGGUCAAGCCCCCAUUUUCUAAGGUCCAAUUCCAGCAACGAUGAGAUCUUGACGCGAAGCAGGCACAACACGGUGCUUUCCACUUCUUUCGUGUCUAGUCGUAGGGCUGAUGAACAGCCGGCAUCUCCAUUGACUCCGCAAAACACGAGGCGAACAAGAAGCGGCACCGUCAAAAGUAUAAGUAACAUCAAACACGACAUUCACCAUGUUCAACAAGAUCUGGCUCGUCUCCGGAAAUCGAAGGAGGACACCGAGAAACGUCGCGAGUCGGCUACAAACGAUAUAUACCCUGGAAACUACUCACAGGAGCACUUGCAGAGACAUUCCCUGGCACUACAGUCGAAUGACCAACUGCGGAAACUGGACCAACAGAUAAAGAAAUCGGGUGAGCUGCUCACUACUCUUCGAAAGCGGUUGGACAGCACUAGUUCUGCUGUUGCCGAAGAGGUACGGUCAUCUAUGAACUCACAAGCGCCGUUUUUAAACGAAGAUUCGCGGAAACAAUCAGAAAGUGCUCUCACCAACGACAGCGUCACCGAAGAGGAGGAGCCUAUCUCGCCGUCACCUUCUAACCGCGAGAACUUCUCUUUAGAGGGUUUUGGCGAUAUACAGGAUGAAGAUGAGGAAGCCAUGACACGCAUGUCCUCUAGUCGUGAUGCCAAAGCAGGUAAAGAACACGCGACAUGGCUAGUGAGUGACUACCUACAAAGUCUCCAGGACAAAAAUUCUGAUAAAGAGUUUAUUCUCAGUAAAGCCAAUGAUUUGGUGUCACUUUUAAAACAGAAUCCAUCCAUAAAAUUCGAUCUCGUGUUGCCUGCAUUUUCAAACACUAUACAGCAAUUGCUUUUAAGUGACGAUGAAGUCACUGUAUCUGCAGCUUAUCGAAUUUGCCGAUACUUAAUUACUGGUCCUGAAUUCAUCCAAGAGCUACGGAAGUUACUACUGGAGCCUUUCUUGAUACUAUCUUUGGCCAAGGCUAAUUCUUCGAAUAUAGAGAGGCUUCAAGCUUUUGAACUUAUCCGAUCUUUCCUAAAAUAUGAUUCAGGCAUUAGUCUAGGUAUAACACAGGCUGUAAUUAGCAUUGUGGAGAAAAAUGAUGAUAAGUUAAGGGAAUUAGCAAUAGAGACGCUAUUGGAACUCUGCUACCUCAAGCCGGGAUUAGUACGACGUUGUAAAGGUCUAUCGGUACUGGAAUCAUUUAUUGCCGAGAAUCCGUCAUCGUCACUAUCUCCACUGAUCUUAGAGUCUAUUCUUGAUCUUUUGAAUUAUAGCGACACAAGGCGAUACAUUAUCGAUUGCUUUAGCGUCUCCGUGCCUCUGACAGCAUUAGCAGACACUCAAAUAAAGGCUAACUUUAGCACUGAAAAACUUCAAAGCAGUAUACACUUAAUCUGCAAUUGUUUGAAGAAUUAUAAUGGCUUAAUUCUAUUUUGUCAUGACGAUUUUAAAGUGUUUCGGGAAUUGCUUGCUUUUCUCCAGUCCCCACUAUUGUCGAAAUAUGUGAUUGAUCUUUUUCUUGACGUUUUGAGAAUCAAACCCUUGCCUUACUCGGACCGGAAGAAAUCCUCUCAAGUUUUCAAAAUGAUUCCGUCCCAAUUUCAGGCUGAAACUAUGCCAGUGAAUCAGUACAUCGGACUUUUGGCUAGUAUUCUUUUUGAGCUGCACUUCGUGGAUCAUCUAGUUCCACUUUUGAGCCAAACGCUAAAUGCCAAAAAAGAUCACAAUUUAGCUGCAAAAGCCAGAUAUCUGAUCACAGAAUACUGUAACAUAUCAGUAAAUUUGGCAGGUUUGAGACCUGGGGCAGCGGACAGUUUGCUUUUUCCAAAUGAUACAAAACUAGAAACCGUCUUCACACAGAUAUUCCAAUUCGAAAAAGUUACUAUUCGACUUAACAAAAAUAGAAAUACGAUCGGAAUGAAUGAACUGGGGCCGAAGCAUGAUAUUUUGGAGUUUUCUGAGAAUUCUAAACACAAAGCACUCAUCAAUGACGUUGACGAAGCAAGAUUCAAAAAAAUGGUUUAUGACACUAAAGUCUUGCAAACCAAAGAUUUUGCCUUCUGGAAUUGGGGUAUUCUUUCAGAUCUGAUAGAAGGCCCUCUUCUAAACCCGAAAAGAAUUGACGAUCUGGCCAAAACAACCAAAUUUUUUCGUCGUCUCUUGGUCUUUUACCGACCAAUGAGGUAUCGAUUCUCGAUGAUUCUCCAAAGUUCCCGAAUUGCCACAAGGUGCGUGCAAGUGGGGUGUCAGCUAUUCAAGACCCUGACUUCGACUGCGGAGGGUAUGCGCGUUUUAAAUGAUGACACCAAACUUGUACCUCAAAUAGCAUCACUACUGUUCAAGGCAAUGGAAGGCCGAUUGGCUGGAAAUGUUUUUUCGGAAGAGAAUCUCGGGAAGACUGUAUGCCCUGGCUAUUUCAAGAUUUUAGGCACCUUCACACAAACUAUCCGAGGCUGCAAAGUUUUAGAAAAGUGGAAUGUUUUCACCGUUAUUUAUAAAAUGUUCCAGCAAACCUCUACUCUUACAAGUUCUUACCUUCGUUUCAUACUGCCAGAGCUUAGUUUCGUUUACUCUCUUCACGCGCGCACAAUUUUGGGCAAAGCUUUAGUUCACCCAUCGGAAAAAGUUCGCGUUGAGGCAACCAAUUUGCUGGGCGCCAAACUACAAAACUUAGUGUUUGAGGCCAAAAGUGGUCCGAACUUUGAUGAUUUUGAGAAGUUUCUUCUAGAGCUUCUCGUUCGCCAACUGUAUGAUCUCUCGACCGUUGUGGUAGCCUCCGCUGAUAAGAUCUUUUACAAUUAUUGUGCAUUACAGGAUUGGCCCCCAAGUGUAGACACACCGCGUCACCAUUUGCUCAAUCAGCUGGUGUUCAUACGGUCCCCAAUUCUACUUGAAUUUUUGAGGACCCCAGCUGGCUUUAAACAACUGUCCGAUAUUGGUUUCCUUGGUACUGAAAGGGAGAAGUGGUUACAGACUAAAAAUAAGGAGUAUGUGUUUAGGGUCGAAGCUUUUAUCGAGAAUGAGAUGUCAAGACCAUUGAGUGCCUUGAAUAUUCCAGUUUCAAAGAGAAAGCUACCAAUGCAUUUUUGUAACAGCUUAGCCAGUACGGAAGAGGGUGUAGACUUAAUCUCUCAAAAGGGAGAUUUUGUUGAAAUUAUAAAUGUGAUAAAAAAGUACAGACACAACGGCUAUCCAGAAGUGACUGUUGAAGAGCAUUUGGAACUGAAAGCUGCUCUUUGGUGUUGUGGCUAUAUCGGUUCGACAGUUCCUGGCAUCAAUUUGUUGGAUACUUAUUCCAUUGGAAGUGAUAUUGUAAAUAUCUGCUUUCUGACGCCCUCGACGUCCGUGAAAUUCACUGCCUUUUAUGUCCUAGGUCUCAUCGCCAAAACUAGUGAAGGGUGUGAAAUUCUAGACGAACUCGAGUGGAAUUGUUCCUUCAAUGUACAAGGUGUUCCUUUGGGAUUGACGUAUCCAAAAAAGUUGCAACAGUUGCUUAUAUACCCGGAACUUCGUGAAGGGCAUGGUUCUCUUUAUGGUCUCGAACAGAAUCAAAGACGAUCGGAGGGUACGCCAGAGUAUGAAACCCCCAACAUGGACCUGGAUGUACUCUUACAAAACAAAGCCAAACUGGAAAACACAAUGGACGACGAGCAGGAAGAGUUUCAGGCUGAAGUUGAUCGCCAAGCUCGCAAUUUAGAAAUGUUCAAAUUGCAAACCAAUCCGACAAGUACUGACGAAGUGGCCGAUAAAUUGAUGCGGGUUGCCGGCAAACUGAACAAUCAUAUUCUCUCUAGUGCUGCAGUAAAGGAAAUUUCAGAAAUGAUUUCCUUCUAUGGGCCUGCACGCUUUGAAACGGCAGAAAUAUUUCUGCGGAUACUGGCGCUAAUGGAGCAAUACCGAUUCAAACCCCAAGCCCGCAAGUUUUUGUGCGAGUCGCUUUUGAACAAAAGAACCCUCGAGAUGAUGAUUAAAAAGGACAAAAAAAACUCAGAAGGUAGGAGACAUUGGUUGUUUUCUGUAUGUAACAUUAAUAGCAUUGAGUUGCGCCCAGCGAGGGCAACAAAAAGUUCCGGAUCACAGGUCCUUGUACAGCAGGGGGGCAUUCUUAUAGAGUGUGUACGACUCUUGAAGAAAUUCUGGAAUUUCGAUGUCUUCGGGAGCCUUGUUAUCAAGCUCUUCGAUCAAACUCAAGUACUGUUUUAG